CUCUUGUUCUUGUUUCUUCCUGCUGUAGUUUGAAUAUACCUGAUGUCGACGUGGACAUAAAAUACACAGAUAACAUCACGCCUCCAAUAUCCCAGUACCAGUUGUGGCUAUGGAUGAGACAUCAGAAAUUGGGAACUUUGGGAAGUUUGCAAUUGCCCGAUGUAGACUUAAAAGAACUGGAGAAAUUAAAGCCUCCAAUGUCCGAGGUUGAGUUUGAAGCUUGGCUGAAGGAUCAUAAGAAGAAGUCUGAAGAUGGUUUGAAUAUACCUGAUGUCGACGUGGACAUAAAAUACACAGAUAACAUCACGCCUCCAAUAUCCCAGUACCAGUUGUGGCUAUGGAUGAGACAUCAGAAAUUGGGAACUUUGGGAAGUUUGCAAUUGCCCGAUGUAGACUUAAAAGAACUGGAGAAAUUAAAGCCUCCAAUGUCCGAGGUUGAGUUUGAAGCUUGGCUGAAGGAUCAUAAGAAGAAGUCUGAAGAUGGUUUGAAUAUACCUGAUGUCGACGUGGACAUAAAAUACACAGAUAACAUCACGCCUCCAAUAUCCCAGUACCAGUUGUGGCUAUGGAUGAGACAUCAGAAAUUGGGAACUUUGGGAAGUUUGCAAUUGCCCGAUGUAGACUUAAAAGAACUGGAGAAAUUAAAGCCUCCAAUGUCCGAGGUUGAGUUUGAAGCUUGGCUGAAGGAUCAUAAGAAGAAGUCUGAAGAUGGUUUGAAUAUACCUGAUGUCGACGUGGACAUAAAAUACACAGAUAACAUCACGCCUCCAAUAUCCCAGUACCAGUUGUGGCUAUGGAUGAGACAUCAGAAAUUGGGAACUUUGGGAAGUUUGCAAUUGCCCGAUGUAGACUUAAAAGAACUGGAGAAAUUAAAGCCUCCAAUGUCCGAGGUUGAGUUUGAAGCUUGGCUGAAGGAUCAUAAGAAGAAGUCUGAAGAUGGUUUGAAUAUACCUGAUGUCGACGUGGACAUAAAAUACACAGAUAACAUCACGCCUCCAAUAUCCCAGUACCAGUUGUGGCUAUGGAUGAGACAUCAGAAAUUGGGAACUUUGGGAAGUUUGCAAUUGCCCGAUGUAGACUUAAAAGAACUGGAGAAAUUAAAGCCUCCAAUGUCCGAGGUUGAGUUUGAAGCUUGGCUGAAGGAUCAUAAGAAGAAGUCUGAAGAUGGUUUGAAUAUACCUGAUGUCGACGUGGACAUAAAAUACACAGAUAACAUCACGCCUCCAAUAUCCCAGUACCAGUUGUGGCUAUGGAUGAGACAUCAGAAAUUGGGAACUUUGGGAAGUUUGCAAUUGCCCGAUGUAGACUUAAAAGAACUGGAGAAAUUAAAGCCUCCAAUGUCCGAGGUUGAGUUUGAAGCUUGGCUGAAGGAUCAUAAGAAGAAGUCUGAAGAUGGUUUGAAUAUACCUGAUGUCGACGUGGACAUAAAAUACACAGAUAACAUCACGCCUCCAAUAUCCCAGUACCAGUUGUGGCUAUGGAUGAGACAUCAGAAAUUGGGAACUUUGGGAAGUUUGCAAUUGCCCGAUGUAGACUUAAAAGAACUGGAGAAAUUAAAGCCUCCAAUGUCCGAGGUUGAGUUUGAAGCUUGGCUGAAGGAUCAUAAGAAGAAGUCUGAAGAUGGUUUGAAUAUACCUGAUGUCGACGUGGACAUAAAAUACACAGAUAACAUCACGCCUCCAAUAUCCCAGUACCAGUUGUGGCUAUGGAUGAGACAUCAGAAAUUGGGAACUUUGGGAAGUUUGCAAUUGCCCGAUGUAGACUUAAAAGAACUGGAGAAAUUAAAGCCUCCAAUGUCCGAGGUUGAGUUUGAAGCUUGGCUGAAGGAUCAUAAGAAGAAGUCUGAAGAUGGUUUGAAUAUACCUGAUGUCGACGUGGACAUAAAAUACACAGAUAACAUCACGCCUCCAAUAUCCCAGUACCAGUUGUGGCUAUGGAUGAGACAUCAGAAAUUGGGAACUUUGGGAAG